GGCAAUAUGGGACUGUCGUCAGUCAGGUGAGUGAUCUUCAUCGGGUUUUGAUUUCCUUAUUAGCCGGACUGCAAGAACCAAAACCCAUUUCUCUUUCUUUCAUUUUGUUUUUGUUUUUGUUUUUUUUUGUUUUUUUUUUUUUCCAGUUUAUCGAUCGCUUCCAUUUUCCCAUCAUCUUCAACAAUUUCAAUUCCAUUUUCUCCUUUCCCCCAUUUUUCUAUGCUCUUAUGUAGACCCAUUUCUGAAUUCCCUCUCCUCCGAUACAAUCCGACUCUCUGUUUUGCCCGAUCACGAUUUCUAGGGUUUCUACUCCAACUUUUAACGGCCACAGAGCCCUAUUUCCCCCACCCAUUUGCUUGCAUUUGCAUUUCCAUCAACAUUUUUUUGAAAUUGCAUCAUCCGGUUACGGGUUGUUUGUUGGUUUGUUUUAUCGUAUUCUUUAUAAAUUCGGAGCAUUUUGGGGGAUUUCGAGUUAUGGGUAUUGGUGUUAUAAUGCUUGUAUAAUUAGGGUGGAGGUGGGUUUGAAUGGGCGUGGCGAAAGCUUGGAGAUUUAGUUUGAUAUCAGCGAACCUGGCUCUGUUACAGCAGCAGAAUAGUGGGAAUGGUUAUGUUGUUAGUAGCAAGAAUGUACUGUCGAGAUCAUCGUCGUCGCAGAGGAAGGCUUCGUUUUCUUGGUCGAUGUUGUGUGGUGUGAUGCUCUUUGCGUUAGGUUUAAUUUCGUUGUUUACGGGACACAUCGCUUCUGAUCUUGAAUGGUACUCUCAACACUUAGUUAACAGGAGGCUCUACUCGAAGCUGGAUGGAGCUCGUCGUAGAACGAUCAAUAUCUGGGAAUCUAAGCUUUCGAAGAAUUAUUAUGGAUGUAGCAAAAGAAGCCCCCAUUUUUCUCCUGCUGUUAGUGAGAGGUCAUCAAAUGGCUACUUGCUUAUUGCAACCAGUGGAGGUUUGAAUCAGCAGAGAACAGGAAUAACAGAUGCUGUGGCAGUUGCCCGGAUCCUUAAUGCUACACUCGUGGUACCUGAAUUGGAUCAUCAUUCCUAUUGGAAGGAUGAUAGUGACUUUGUCAACAUUUUUGACGUUGGUCGGUUCAUUUCCUCUCUCUCAAAGGAUGUGACUAUUGUUAAAAGAGUUCCUGAUAAAGUCAUGCGUGCUAUGGAGAAACCUCCCUAUACAAUGCGUGUUCCUAGAAAAUCAGAGCCUGAAUACUAUCUUGAUCAAGUUUUGCCUAUACUUUUAAGGAGACGUGUUGUCCAGUUGACCAAGUUUGAUUAUAGACUUUCAAAUAUGCUCAACGAAGAACUACAGAGGUUGCGUUGUCGAGCUAAUUAUCAUGCUUUGAAAUUUGUAAAACCUAUCGAUGAUCUUGGCCACAAACUUGUAAAGAGAAUGAGAAAGAUGGCAAAACGCUACAUUGCCAUUCACUUGAGGUUUGAGCCUGAUAUGCUAGCCUUUUCUGGAUGUUACUAUGGUGGAGGUGAAAAGGAAAGGCGUGAGCUGGGUGAAAUAAGGAAGCGAUGGGAAACAUUACCUGAUGUAAGUGAAGAAGAGGCAAGGAAGAGUGGGAAAUGUCCACUUACCCCCUACGAAGUGGGUCUAAUGCUACGGGCACUUGGUUUUCGAAAUGACAGUUAUAUUUAUGUUGCAUCUGGUGAAAUAUAUGGUGGAGAAGAAACUCUGAAGCCUCUUAGAGAACUUUUCCCAAAUUUCUAUACCAAGGAGAUGCUUGCUAAUGCAGAGCUGAAACCUUUUCUACCAUACUCCUCCCGUCUUGCUGCCAUCGACUACAUUGUAUGCAAUGAAAGUAACGUAUUUGUCACUAAUAAUAAUGGAAACAUGGCAAAGAUUCUUGCUGGUGAAAGGAGAUAUUCAGGUCAUAGAAGGACCAUUAGGCCAAAUGCAAAAAGACUCAGCGCUCUGUUCAUGGAAAGGAACAAGAUGGAUUGGGAUACAUUUGCCAGAAAGGUGAAGUCUUGCCAACGAGGGUUCAUGGGUGAGCCUGAUGACUUGAAGCGUGGCAAAGAAUUUCAUGAAUUUCCUGACUCGUGUAUUUGUGAAAAACCAUUCACUGAAAAAAUAAAGGAAGAUGAAGGCAAUAAUCACCAUGAGUUGCAAUGGAUAAACAGUCGAGGAGUAUUGGAAAAGAGAAACUUAGUGGAGUCCAUUACGUCUUCACAGUAUUAGACAGUUUUUUCACCCCUUUGUGGAAAGGAUGAAAAAUGCAUAGAAGAAAAGAUAAGGGAAAUAUGUGGCAAUUUUCAUCACGUUGGCCCUAUCGUUUACGCUCAUAUUAUUGGAAAUUUGAUCAGCCACAUUGUCUUCAUCCACGGUAUAGGAAGUUUGAUCAAUUGUUCAUAACUUAGUUCUUUUUUUCCAUAAUGUCAAGUAUAUAUAGAUGUGUAGUUCUGUUCAAAAUCUGCUGCUGCUCUAGUCUUUUUAUGCGCAAGCUAACACCCCCUGCCCCACUCCUGAUUCGUUUUAUUAGUUUGUUGAAUUACGAUAUAUGAGCCCAACCAACGCGAUGCAAUGGCUGGAUACAACAGUUUCAAAUUGACAACGAGCUAGAUACACAGAAUCAUGGCCAGCGUUACUGACUUAUAGUGAUUGAGCUUGUCAGGCAUUUGUGAACUUAAGGCAAUAUUGUUAUUUUGAUCUUUAUUUAUCAUCUAUGUAACUUGUAAUCUUAGAAAAUUUUUGUUUACAAGUAACCAUGAUGGAUCAUUUUAGUUUUUUCCUCAA